ACCCAUAUUCAUGCCCUGCUCCCUCCUUUCCUCCAUCAGAGCCUGAGCUCAGGAAAGACUCUGAUAAGCCCUUACAUUGUAAGCUUUAAGCAAAGGAAUGAAACUUCCAGUGUAGUAUUUGAAACACAAGGGAGUCAGUGCAGAAGGAGUUUGAGGGUGAGAGGGGGCCUUCUAGAAUACCAAGGAUUCAGCCCAUACAAGAAGCCAUUUAUUUGUAAGUCUGGCUUAUGUCAAAUAUUCUCUCUCUUGAAUCAAUAUCAAACAAUAUAUUUCAGUUAUGUAAACAUCUGAGGGUCAGAACCCAAGCUCAGUGCUCGUUGGUCACAGUGCUGGAGGAGGAGGAAAUGACACACAGACAGAUCCGCCUUACAAAUGCCAUAGAAGUCCGUGCAGAGUGUCACACAGAGCAUGGAGUUCUGGAGGUCAGCCAUCCAAAACCAGCUUCACCAAGCUAAAGUCAAGGCGUUGGUAUUAAAAUGUCUGACGACACCAAUGACACCUCAGCCACUGGAGACAAAGCAGAAAUUGCCAAGAUGCCUGAAGAGAAUGAAUUUUCACCCAAAGACACAGAAGCGCCCUGUGAUUCAGCUGUGAUUUCAAACGAGCCGACAGCAGCUGAUUCCAGAGGCGAUGGGCAUGAAAAUGCCACUGUCGAGGGUGCAGAGACCACUGACUCUGGGCACCCUGAGUGGCCUCAACACAGCAGUGUCAUGGAGCCCCCCCUCAAUGGAGAAGUGACUGACGACACGCUUGUUGAAUGCACUGACCCUGUCAGCCUUGAGGCAGAGCUUGGAUCAGAAAUACCCCUGAAAGAACAGAUUAAUCCGGCUGUGGAUUCACCUUCCCGUGGAGGAGGAUGGGCAGGCUGGGGCUCCUGGGGCAAAUCUCUGCUCUCAUCAGCAUCUGCUACAGUAGGUCAUGGAUUGACAGCAGUCAAGGAAAAGGCAGGGGCUACCCUGCGGAUUCAUAGUGUAAAUUCCAGCUCUCCGGAAGGGGCCCAAGCUGGUGCUGAAAAUGGAGUCCCUCAGAGUGUGGCCACAGAUCAGAGCCCUGCAGAAAGCCCAACCACUUCUCCUGCAUCCGGGUCUCGGGGCAUGCUGUCAACCAUCACCCAUGUAGUUCAAAACACAGGUAAAAGUGUCUUAACGGGCGGUCUUGAUGCUUUGGAAUUCAUCGGUAAGAAAACCAUGAAUGUCCUCGCGGAGAGUGACCCAGGCUUUAAACGGACCAAGACGCUCAUGGAGAGAACCGUUUCCUUAUCGCAGAUGUUAAGGGAAGCCAAGGAGAAAGAGAAGGAGAGACUGGCCCAGCAGCUGACAGCCGAGAGGACUGCCCACUAUGGGAUGCUGUUUGAUGAGUAUCAAGGUUUGUCACACCUGGAAGCUCUGGAAAUUCUAUCCAACGAAAGUGAAAGCAAGGUUCAGUCAUUUUUAGCAUCCCUCAGUGGAGAGAAGCUGGAACUCUUAAAAAACGACCUGAUUUCCAUUAAAGACAUCUUUGCAGCCAAAGAAUUAGAGAAUGAAGAGAGUCAAGAAGAACAAGCCUCAGAGGAAAAGGGAGAAGAAUUUGCUAGCACGCUUACAGAACUUCUCUUUGAAUUACACGUCGCGGCCACGCCUGAUAAGCUCAAUAAGGCCAUGAAGAAAGCUCAUGACUGGGUAGAAGAAGAUGAGGCCACGGUGUCCAUAAAUAUGGCGGAACAGUCAGAGGAGAACACUGGAGAGGAAGAGACGGAAGAGAAACCAGAAAAUCCUGAAGAAGACAAAAAGGAAGAAAGGAGAACUAAGACAGUUGAGGAAGUGUAUAUGCUGUGCAUCGAAAGUCUGGCAGAAGUAACAGCACGCUGUAUCGAGCAGCUUCAUAAAGUAGCAGAAUUAAUUCUUCAUGGGCAAGAAGAGGAAAAACCAGCUCAGGACCAAGCAAGAGUUCUGAUAAAAUUAACUACUGCGAUGUGUAAAGAAGUGGCCUCCUUAUCAAAGAAGUUUAUGAAUUUUUUAACCACUGUUGGGAGCGACAAGAAGGCCGAGGUCCUUAACCCCAUGAUCAAUAGCGUCUUGUUAGAGGGCUGCAACAGCACCACGUACAUCCAGGACGCCCUCCAGCUGCUGCUGCCUGUGCUGCAGGUCUCACACCUCCAGACGGCUGGCUCAGAAGCACAGCCAGGACCUGGCCAGACUCCAUCCAGUUAAAGAGGGUGGGCAGGCCACAUGGCUUCAAGAUGUACCAGAUGUUUUCUCCACAUCUGGCCCCAGACGCCCCUUGGAGGACUCCACGAGCAAUUUUGCACGGACAGUAUGGAGAAUGCAAGUUGAAAGAAAGCAUCCUGUCUCUUACUGUAUAUGGUGGUUUUACAAAUAAUUGUGUUUUCUUUACGUUAAUUUAAAUUUACAUGGCUUUAUAUUGA